CAUCCCACUCCGCUCCACCACCUUAUUUUCUCUCUCUAACCCUCCUUCCCUCCCCCCCUCUCUCUCUAGAAAACCGCACAGAGCUUCCACAAUGCGAGGGACCAUCAUAUUGCUGUGUGCGCUCCUGUUCACUUCCUUCCACAUCGCCUUCUCUAGAAUAGACGGGUUGCUGCCAAAUGGGAACUUUGAGUUGGGUCCAAAGCCGUCGGAUAUGAAAGGGACGGUGGUGAUCGGCCGGAACGCAAUCCCAGAGUGGGAGAUAGCAGGGUUUGUAGAGUACAUAAAGUCAGGGCAAAAGCAAGGAGACAUGUUGCUAGUAGUACCAGAAGGAGCCUUUGCAAUAAGGCUUGGGAAUGAAGCAUCAAUCAAGCAAAGAAUGAAAGUAAUCAAAGGAAUGUAUUAUUCCAUCACAUUCUGUGCUGCUAGGACUUGUGCACAAGAGGAGAAACUGAAUGUCUCAGUCUCCCCUGAUUGGGGUGUUCUUCCUAUGCAAACUUUGUAUAGCAGUAAUGGCUGGGAUUGCUAUGCUUGGGCCUUUCAAGCUGAAUCAGAUGAUGUUGAGCUUGUUUUACACAAUCCUGGUGUGGAAGAGGAUCCGGCUUGUGGACCCUUGAUUGACUCUGUUGCAUCCAGAGCUCUCUACCCUCCUAGAGCCUCAAACAAGAACAUAUUGAAAAACGGUGGAUUUGAAGAGGGACCCUACAUGCUACCCAACACAACAUGGGGUGUACUAAUUCCUCCAAACAUUGAAGAUGAUCACUCUCCGCUCCCCGGUUGGAUGGUUGAAUCACUCAAGGCAGUGAAGUACAUUGAUUCCGAACACUUCAACGUUCCGCAAGGACGACGAGCAGUGGAGCUUGUAGCAGGAAAAGAAAGUGCAAUAGCCCAGAUUGCGCGAACCGUCGUUGGCCGGACUUAUAUUCUGUCAUUUACAGUUGGCGAUGCCAGUAAUGCUUGUGCAGGGUCCUUGAUGGUUGAGGCAUUUGCAGGGAAAGACACACUUAAGGUCCCUUAUGAGUCCAAAGGCAAAGGAGGGUUCAAGCGAGCUUCGCUUAGAUUUGUUGCGAAUUCUGUGAGAACAAGGAUUAUUUUCUACAGCAGGUUUUACACUAUGAGAAGUGACGACUUCUCUUCCCUGUGUGGUCCUGUUAUUGAUGAUGUGAAGCUCUUGAGUGUUCGUAAACCAUGACUCAUGUCAUGUGAAGCUGGUCUACAUUGAUUGCAUACCGUACUAAGAGAUUCAAAGUUGAAGUCGGUUCCUGUAUUAGUAUUUUUUUUCUUUUUUUUUUAUGGUGAUUUUGAAAAUAAAAAAUAUUAUUUAUCUACGGUUGUUUUUAUUUUUGGCAAGCCUUUUGUGUUUUGAGAAUCUCUCCAAAGUAGGGUAUUUUGGAUCCAUCCCGAUGGAGUAAACCCUCGGGUUCGUACCCCGUAUGUUUAGAAAAUUCUCUACAUGUUUCAGGGUAAGUUGGUUAGUAUACUAAUAUAUGGAUGAUGGAGUAGUAGAGUGAUUUGAUAAAGUGAUCAUGUUGUGUAUUUUUGGAUUUUAGCUGAAUAAAAUAAUGAGGGAAAAAAAAAGUUAUUUA